AUGAGCGUCUGCUGGGGCGCCGCGCCCGGCGAGGGGGGCGGCGGCGGCAGCGACGGCGGUGGCAGCGGCGCUGUGGGGGAGAGGCUGCUGGUGGCGUGCCGGUCCUCCUGCAUCUGGCUGCUGGACGCUCGAGGCCGUGUGCUGCGCCAGUGGGACGCGGACGCGCCCUGGGCCGCGCAGCAGGUGGUGGCGGUCGCCUUCGGCCCGGGGGGCAGCCUGCUGCUGCUGACGGCGGCGCGCGUCGUGCACUGGGUGCAGCUGGGCCCAGAACACGGCGGCGGGGGCGGCGCUGACGUGAUCACCUCAUUCAGUGUAAAGCGGCACCACGGGACCGUCCGCUGCCUUGUGUAUGAUGAGACCACCUCCACCCUCCUCAUUGCCGGCGACGGCGGCGCAGCAGCCAGCACCAGCGCCAGCGGCGGCGACGCCCCGGCCCCGCCCGCAGGCGGGGGCGGCGCCGGGGGCGUCCUGGAGGCGGCGGGGGCAACGCUGUCGGCGUGGCGGCUUGGGGGCCGCGAGGCGAAGCUUCGCGGCAGCUGGGGGCGGCCCUCGCGGGGCCCCGGGUGGACGGCGGGGCUCGCGGGGGCGGCGCUGGGGGCGUGCUCCCUGGCCCCGCGGCCGUGGCGGGCGGCGCUGAGCCCGUCUGGAGAGCACGCGGCUCUCGUGACGCACGAGGGCGG